UCUAAUGUCAAUGUCCAAGAAAACUAACCGCGCGAUUUGUAUUUUGUAAUUUUGCUCGUAUUUUGAAAUAUGUGUAAUUGUGGAAAAGUAAUAAAUUUGCAUAGCUGUUGAUUUUUAAUUAUUAUUUAUAAUAAGCAAUGGCCUCUCACAAUAAUAACACUUUAAAUUUAAUAGCCACCAAGCUGGGUCUUGGUGAAGAAGAAAAAGUUCUAAAUAAAGCUGCAGAAUUUGAGCGCUUAUUACAAGCUAAAUCCACUGCAGGUAGCAAUAUAACAGAUACCAGUAAAACAGUUAUAUGUUUGGAUCUUGCUGCAGCUGUUUUUGGUGCCGAUUUGGAUAAUAAGACAGCAAUCAAAUACUCUGGUCUAAGAGGCCCCACGUACAUGAACUGCAGGAAAAUAGUUGAGAACCUUCUGGAACUGAACAGUGAUAGACUGACGUUAUCAUUACUGUGUGUCUCAUUACAAUGUACUGGAGUGCAGUCAUUAGCCGAGAAGAUCCUGGAAGAGUAUCAAAGGCAAAAGAGUGAAAUAGAUCUAAAUUUACCACAAUAUGUUUGUAUGGCUGUAUACCAAGCUUGCAGGUUGAACAAGGUUAAGGUAACGAAAAGUAAAAUAAUAGAAAAAUCUAGACUAAAACCAGGCCAAUGGGCAAAAAUAGACUCUGAGUGGACAAAAAUCGUUGAUGAAAAAUUUGCUACUGUAAAGAAGAGAGGUCGGCCAGCGAAGAAUGCUGACAAAGAUUGUAUUGAAGCUGAAAAAAUGGAAGUAGAUGUACUAAGUCCAAAUAAAGUUAAAGUUGAACCUGAGACAGAAGCAUAUGAAGAUUGGAAGAGACGCAUGCUGGAAACUGCUUACAAAGAAUUAAAAGAGUUAGAAGAGAAACAGAGAUAUGUAGACAAAUUGAAAAAUGUUACAUCGCCAAGACGGUCUCCUAGGAAGACACCACAAAAAUUUUCACCGUAUAAAAGUCCAACAAAAACUAAUACCUUAAGAGGAAUGUCCAAAGGGAAGUAUAUUAGCGUCCUGCUUUUGGGAGAAGGUCUGAUUGGUGAUGCGACAGCUAUGAUUGAAUUUACUGCCGUCUUCGGAUAUUUGGCGCUAGCAAUAACUAAAGCUUCUCAAUUAUCCUUGUUGCUUCUACGCUUUGCUGGAGGUGGUGCUUUAUUGGGGAUUGUUAUGGGCAAAAUGAUAUCAACAUUUUUAUCUCUAACAUAUUACGAUUUGCUUUGUGCAGUAACAGUAACUUUAGCGGGUGCGUACUUAACGUUUUAUAUUGGUGAGAAAUAUUUCUACGUAUCUGGUUUGUUGGGAACAGCAAUAGCCGGUGUUAUGGUAAGCCAACGUAAAUCAACUAUUGCUGUUGAUGUUGAACAAGUUGUCUCUCACUUCUGGGGCAUAUUAGCACAUAUUGCAAACACUAUGAUCUUCACAAUUGUCGGUGUGGUUAUAUUUGAAAAAGUGAGCUACGUCAUCAGCGUUCGUCAAGUUGCUUUGGUCUUCGUUACGUAUACAACGGUGUACUUUUCAAGGUUACUCGUGUACGCUAUAAUGACUCCUAUUUUAAGACUGGUUGGGUAUGGAAUGUCUUGGCAGCAUUCGUUGGCUUGCGUGUGGGGUGGUUUGCGGGGUCCACUGUCACUGUGUUUGGCGUUGAUUGUGCUGCAAACUAGGGCUGUAGCAGAUGCAGGAGAGAUAUUCAUAAUCCAAACAGCCGGGCUAGUGCUUCUAUCUUUACUUCUGAACGCAACUACCAUGCAUAAAGUAUUAAAAGUACUUGGAUUAGCUGAAAUAUCUUUGGCAAAGAAGGCCAAUAUGACUAACUGUGUUAAACGGAUCAUGUCGACGAGGGAUCGCUGCAUUUCUAUGUUAAAAAUCGACAAGUUCCUCGCAGAUGCUAACUGGGAUCUUGUACAAAGGGGAACAACAAUAAAACAUCCAUACCAAAUCCAAAUGUCUCGUGACGAAGAUAUUGACGAUGAGACGUACAUGGGCUACCAUUAUACAACGUGCCCAGACUGCGAGAGAGAGAUACCCAAUGAGCCUACGAAGAAGGAGUUUGCGGAAAUGAUGAGAGAAGCAAACCAGCGCGUGCUGAAAGCAAUGAAAAUAUCCUAUUGGCGACAAUAUGAGCACGGUAAGCUGAGCAAGGAUGGAGUGAGGACUCUAGUACAAGCUGUUGAGGUAGCUGCCGAUGCGGACGAUGGACGGGUCAACCUAGAUCAACUAGGUACUUUGUGGAGGCCUAAGCUAGUUGACAUGAUGAUGCCCGACCCAGCCAAUGCCCAAAUCCCACGCACACCGUGGCGUCAAUGGUGCUUCACCCUGGUCUCUAAUAUGUGGUUCGACAUCUUCAUAUACGUGAUGAUACUGUCAAACACUCCGGUUAUUCUUUCUGAGGUGCUGGUGAAACCGCCCGUCACGCGACCCGUAACUUUGACAAUCAAAUCGCUUAAUCUAUUCUUCUUUGUAGUCUACCUCAUGGAAAUGGUUCUGAAAUUUUUUGGCCUAACCAUUUGGGGAUAUUUCAAGUCGCAUUGGAAUAAAUUAGAUUUUUUCAUCAUCGUUAUGGCUACAUGUGAUUUGAUCUUAGAUAUAUUGGAUGCUGUAACGCCAUGGGAUAAGUGGAACAAUUUGAACUCAAGCGUGCUUACGGCUACAAAACUGUUGAGAAUGCUUCGUUUUCUGAGAUUAUGCAAGUUGGCCCGAGUAUCUGUACCUAAAGUGAUGGCUUACAUCGAUCGAAUCAUUGAUCUACAAUUAGCAUUUGGUUAUGAUGUUGGUAAAGGUUUCGUAACUGGCGAACAAGAGGUGUGUAAUCUUCUUCCACAAUUAGUUGAUAAUAGACAAAUACAAGAAACGCUUUAUAAUAAACUUGAAGUUGACAGGUUAACGGUUACACGCCAGUUAGGGCUUUUACAAAGAGAUCGACCUUGGACCGCUAUCACUGUUAAAACCAGGCAAGCUACAACAUCCACCUUGAAUAUAAUGCUACUUGAUGCUAUGCAGCUAAAGGAGGAAGGAAAAAGUGCAAAUGUGUCGUCAUAAAGGCAGUUUAGUAGCUCCCGCUUCCCCAGAAGUGACCAUCCAAAAGGUCUCUAUAUCCUAGUAUCAGGUCUUUGUGAAGCGAGUUACAUUCCACCAGAGGGAGACCUAGAUGAAGCAAUUCCUAAUUAUGAGUUUCGAACUGAUCUCAAGUUUGCUGAACCUAGCAAGGAUUACAUCGUUUCGGGGAAUGCUAUUGGAGUUUUGGGGGUUCUUACAAAUCGACCAUACAGCUACACGGUCCGAUGUGAUUCCGCGGUUCAAGCCUAUUACAUUACGAUGCCUAUAGUUAAAGAAGCUUUUAAUCUUGCACCGCAUCCUAUUAUGGGAUUAGAAGCUGCUAUGUGGCGAGAAAUCGGAAUAAAGCUGUCCUUGAUGAUACUACCAAUGAUACCAGCGUACCACGGAUGGUCUAUUGAGAAAAUUAGCAUGCGAUUAGAGCACAGCUUCGUACCGUGCCUGAAGGCUUUUAAGAUGUUCGUGGUGAACGAACUUAUGGAAGAUAUUGUGCUGCUUGAUGGGGUAUGUCAAGAUAUGGCAACGAGGGAGGUGUUCCAGCCGCCUUGUUACAUCCCCCGGACUGCCCACCGGCUCAUAUUUCCGAAAUCUUCUCAAUUGAUUGUGAGCAGCUCGUGCCCUGAAACGAAGCUUCUGAUCGUGCCAGCUAAGGACACUGAUGAGCUGGAUAUCAUGGAGGAUGAGAUAGAUGAUUUACAGUGUGAACUGGUAUCAAAUAUAUCCUCUCGAUGUCUUUACCAUAAAGUGGCAAGGAAGUUGUCGUCCGAGUCGCGUGGUAAAAGUUCCAUGAGGUUAAGGAGCAAGCGACGCCGGGGCGCCAAGCGAGUUAACUAUAGGGAAUCCGUUUGGGGUGAUAAGAUAUCAUCCGUAGCUGUUCCCUCAAUGACCAGUACUCAUAGUGAAACUUCCAAAUACUACAAACCAAGUUACGUCGAUAUGCCUGAGAAACUCGAACAGCCCAAGCGGAGACCUUCGGGCGAAGUGAGACUGCAAACACCAUUUUCACCGGCGAAUCCUAAUCAAGUAACUUCAGUAAGACCACAAAUGUCAGAAGUUGAGAUCUACAAUACAAUGCUUUCUAAGAGUAAGCGGAAGUCUUCAGAGAAGUAACUUUUGUUAAAUGAAUAAAGAUUUUUUGAUAUAUAAACCCUUUUUACAUUUAUAGAAAUAUAAACUCUUCUCUAGCCUUCAAGCCUGUGGGUUCAAACCUUUCUUCAUGAUUUUAUAGUUCUUUCGACCUCGGAUAGCUUGGUCGGGCUAUUAUUCUGAUCGGGUCAAAUUUGUUAGUUAUUGGGUUUACCAUCCGUAGCAUUGUACAGCGGUCAUAAUAUACUUAAUUUAUAGCAGAUUCCAACGAAAUGCUCUGCACACUUAAUUCAAUGUUUUCUCAAUAGAAUCACCUUUAUUUAAAGCCUCCUCUUUAAAUAUUUAUGUUAUUAUUUUAUAGUAGAACUCUAUUUUUCAUUCAACUAGUACCAGGACAUAAUGCUGUUCCCAGUGCCCUUAUGAUUUACGUGUCAUAAAGUUUGUGGCUUCGGCCUGUUUUCAGGGCAACAGAGUUUGAUCUCUGACAUGCAACUUUUCGAAGUUAUAUGCGUUUUAUUGCAAACUAAAAAUAUCACUUUAACGGUGAAGGAAGACACCGUGGCACCUGCAUGCCUGAGAGUUCUACAUAACGCUCUCGAAAAGGCGUGUGAUUUCUACCAAUCCGCACUUGGCCAUCGUGGUGGACUACGGUCUAAACCAGUCUCAUUAUGAGAGGAGUUCCGUGCCUUGUACUGGGCCUGAAAUGGACGAUGGGCUUUGCUGCCAAGAAAUUCUGCGUGUUUCAUGCCCGUACGUAAAAGAGCACGUCCCG